AUGCAUAAGAAGAUUGAAAUAACAUUGUGCUCCAUUUCAUAUUUCUAUAAUGUCCAAUAAUAAAAUAAUUAUCUUUUAUAUGAUUUUUCUUUACCAAACAAGUAAACCAAAAACAUAUUUAUAGUAACAAAUAAUGCAAAGCAGUAAAAGUUGAUUAAAAUAAACUAAAAAGUGCUAGUAAAUUAGAACAUGCUCUCGAAAUUACGUAAAUGACUUAAUUCUAUAUAAGACUAGAACAAAAUAAAUUGUUAGAAAAAAAGAGAAGAGCCUAUAAUUUUAUUCUUCCAUUCAAACAAUCCAAUUACGUCACAGCUCAUCUAACUUAAUUGAUAGCAUAAUCAGAUGGUUUAUCUUUGAAUUUAUAACCUGAUCAUUUCUUUGAUAUUCUACUCGAAUACAAAGACUUAGAAAAGCAUAUCAUUAAUGAUAAUAUUGUGGAAAAUUUGAAAAAUUUUACUCAUCUAUUGUGUAAGGAAUUAGUGAGAGAAAUAUAUAUUAUAUGUGAAUCAUAGGAAAAUUUAGUUUCUCGAGUUCCUUUUUGUUAUUAGAGCUUUGAUUUCAAUUUUCCUAAUGAAAUAAUCGAAAAUUAACUAUAUUUAGGAAAUAGUAAUCAUGCUAUGAAUCUAAAAGCUUUGAAUCUUUUAGGAAUCACUCAUGUUGUUAAUUGUGCUAAAGAAAUACCAAAUUAUUUCAGUGAUACCUAAUAAGAUAAUAAGGAAAUAAUUAAAUACUUUCAAGUUCCUGUUUUAGAUCUAGAAGAAGAACCAAUUUCUGAUCAUUUUGAUGAAGCUUACAUUUUUAUUAAUGAAGCAUUAAAUCAAAAAUAAAAUAAGGUAUCAAUAAAAUUUAUUAUUUUUAAAAGGUUUUAGUUCAUUGUGCAUAAGGUAAAAGCAGAUCAGCUACUAUUGUACUAAUGUUUUUGAUGAGAUUUAAACAAUGGACUUUUGAUUAAGCUUAUGAAUAUGCUAAAAAAAGAAGGGAAACUAUAUCUAUUAAUGAUGGUUUUCAGUUCCAACUAUCAUAGAUUUGAAUUGAAAUAAGAAUUAUCUCAACAUUUUUAAAAAACUAUGAGAUUAUAAUAAUAUAUU